AAAACUUUUUUAAAUUCUCCCUAAAUUCCUCUUCAUUUCAUUUCAAUUUCCAUUUCAAUUUCAAUUUCAAUUUCGAAGACGUUACUUCUCUCUCUCUCUCUCUCUAUGCUUCCUCGUUUCUAUCAAUGGAGAUUGAAGCUAUGAUUCUCUUCUCAACCAGAUCUCGUUUCCUUCUUCGGCAUUUUUCCAUUUUCCAUUCAGAUUGAUCAGUAAACUUUCCUUUUCCAGUUAUUUUUUUGAUCUCAUUGGAUUUGGAAACCGAUCUUCAUCACAACCACUCCUAAUCGUUUAUUGAAGGAUGUGUGGUGGUCCUGAGAAAUCUAAAUCUCUUUCAACUUCAUCGUCUUCAUCUCCAUCUGCUGUAGAAGGUUCAAAUAACGUCAAAGACAUGAAAAAUCUAACGGUUCAUACUGAUGAUUCUUUUUCCAGCUUACUUGAACUUGCUUCUAACAACGAUUUUGAGGAAUUUAAGGUAGCUUUAGAUAGUAGCGCUUCUCUGAUAAAUGAGGUUGGCUUCUGGUAUGUCCGACAAAAUGGAUCCAAACAAAUUGUUCUUGAGCACAGAACCCCUUUAAUGGUGGCUGCUUCCUAUGGGAGUAUUGAUAUUCUAAAGCUUAUACUCUCAUGUCCAGAGGCUGAUGUAAAUUUCUCCUGUGGCACCGAUAAAAGCACUGCUCUUCACUGUGCUGCUUCAGGUGGUUCUGUUAAUGCAAUUGAUGCGGUAAAGCUGCUUUUAUCAGCUGGUGCUGAAAUCAAUUGUGUGGAUGCUAAUGGGAACCGUCCAGUUGAUGUUAUUGUUUUUCCUCCUAAGCUUGAAGGUGUGAAAAUAAUUCUUGGAGAACUCCUCUCAGAUAGUACUUCUGAUGGGUCUGUUGAUGAUUGUUCUCUUCCAGUAUCUAUUGAUUCAUCAAGUCCUGGUUCAGCUGCCCCUUCGUCAUCAAUUGAAAAUGGAUAUCCAACGUCUCCGGUGGCUCUGAAGUUUACCGACCCAGCUGUUAAUUCUACACCAGAAAAGAGAGAAUAUCCAAUUGAUCCAUCACUUCCUGAUAUAAAAAAUAGCAUAUAUGCCACAGAUGAGUUUCGCAUGUUUUCGUUCAAGGUUCGUCCUUGUUCUCGUGCAUAUUCUCAUGAUUGGACUGAGUGUCCGUUUGUUCAUCCUGGAGAGAAUGCUCGAAGGAGAGACCCUAGAAAGUUCCAUUACAGCUGUGUGCCAUGCCCUGAUUUUAGAAAAGGGGCUUGCAGACGUGGGGAUAUGUGUGAAUAUGCUCACGGAGUAUUUGAGUGCUGGCUACACCCAGCUCAGUAUCGGACAAGGCUCUGCAAAGACGGUACAAGCUGUAACCGAAGGGUGUGCUUUUUUGCUCACAUAGCUGAAGAGCUGCGUCCAUUGUAUGUCUCCACUGGAUCUGCUGUCCCUUCACCAAGAUCAUCUGCCUCUGCUCCCAAUGUCAUGGACAUGGCUGCUGCAAUGAGUCUUUUCCCUGGUUCCCCAUCAUCAAUGUCUUCCAUGUCUCCAUCUCCAUUUGCACAGCCCAUAUCUCCAUCUGCAAAUGGCAUCUCUCACUCAAAUAACGCGUGGCCACAGCCAAAUGUUCCAGCUCUUCAUUUACCAGGAAGUAAUAUUCAAACUAGUCGUUUGAGAUCUUCUCUUAGUGCCCGUGAUAUGCCACUUGAAGACUUCCACAAUAUGCUACAAGACUUUGACGGUCAGCAGCACAUAUUAAAUGACAUGGGCUGUUUCUCACAGCCCCGUCCAGGUGCUAUUUCAGUGAGUCGACCUGGUCGGUCUAAAAUACUAACUCCGUCAAAUCUUGACGAUCUAUUUUGUGCUGAAAUUUCUUCGUCUCCUCGGUAUUCUGAUCCAGCACCAGCCUCUGUAUUUUCCCCAACACACAAAUCAGCUGUUUUCAACCAGUUUCAACAGCUCCAAAGUUCGUUGUCACCCAUAAAUACAAAUGUCAUGUCUCCUAAGAAUGCUGAGCAUCCUCUAUUCCACCAGGCUUCAUACGGUGUCUCUUCUCCUGGAAGGAUGUCACCAAGAAGUAUGGAACCCCUCUCUCCAAUGAGUGCUCGAAUGUCAGCAUUUGCUCAUCGUGAGAUACAGCAGCAACAGCUGCGGAGCCUUAGUUCAAGAGAACUUGGUGCUAACAAUUCUGUCUCAGUUGUUGGGUCCCCUGUGAACUCCUGGUCUAAAUGGGGAUCCCCUAAUGGAAAAGCAGAUUGGUCUGUAAAUGGAAAUGAGUUUGGUCGAUCACAAAGAUCCACCUCUUUUGAGCAUGGAAACAAUGGGGAAGAGCCUGAUCUAUCUUGGGUUCAAUCCCUUGUCAAGGAAUCCCCACCUGAGAUAAAAGAGAAGCUAGCAGGUUCUGGCCCUAUUGCAUCAGCUGAGAUGAAUUCAAAUCCUCAAGUAGAUUCUAUUGAUCAUUCGGUUUUAGGAGCUUGGCUCGAGCAAAUGCAGCUGGAUCAACUUGUAGUCUAGUCAAAUUGACCCUUUUGCUUCUUCUUGCUGUUAUAGCUAUUUAAUUUCUUCAGGUACAUAUUCUUUUGGUGAAUUUGAGCCCCCGAAGCAUGGAAAGGAUGGCCGCAAAGUUCCUAAAGGAUAAUCGUAUUUUUUAUUCUCUUUAAUUUUUGUCAUUCAUUAUUUUAUAUUUAUUUACUAGAGAGCUUCAUGGAAUGGGGUAAAGAACCCUCUCUCCAGUAGAAAAGAAAAUCCUGUAGAGGUUUGGUGUUCUUUCCCGAAGUGCCCCAUUCGCAGGACUCUUUUAUUUUACUCCGACCCCUCUUUCAAAGAAAGCUGAAUGGUUUUUUAUAAAGCAACAAAUUCCAAUAGCUUAUUUGUCUAUAAGUUCCUUUUCCUGCAGUCUCUAUAAGACUCUUGUGUCUGUAACUUUCUGUUGAAUAUGUAGGAGGUUGGAGUGAGUUUCUUAUCGAGGAAUUAGAGGUGAUUUUAGCUAUUGCUAGCAGAUAUUUAAGAAUACAGUGAAGUUUACUUUGUUCUUAUGUUGUAUAACGUACUCUGAUUAUUACUUUCAAAUUCAAAGUUAUGGUUAUUUUAUUUGAGAAAA